UUCACAGUCACAGACAACAUGAUCUGUGCUGGCAAACUUGCAGGAGGCAAAGACUCGUGUAAGUGCAUCUAAAGCCCCAGAGCCCACCAGUACGUCUAUACCUCAUGGACGUUACUGCCGCCCCCGCCCAAUUGACAACAUUGCGAUUCCCAUGGUGACGGUUGUAGCCAAAGUGAACAAACCCUCGGGCCACAUUGACUUUGAUCAGCUGAAACAACUCAUUACCAGAGAGAUUGACAAAUCCUCAAAGGUACAUUAUGCAGAUCCAUUAUAUCAGAAAACAAACUUUCUCCAAAUUUCUCAGAGCAAUGCCUCAGAGAGCAGAUUGGAGGUGGAAGUCCGUCAGUGGUUCCAGCUGCCUGCAAAUGGGGGCCUUCUUUGUUUCCCUGGCAACAGCACUGUCAUGAAUGUUGUGAGACAAAAACUCACAUCACAGUUUGCCCAAGUUUCUAUCAUCAAUGUCACAGAUAGUCUCUGUGUUGUGGUGACUUUCGAAACCGACAUUCAGUUUGAGGAGAAACUCAGGAACCACACCAGCGAAGAGUUCAAGACACUGGAAAGGCGCAUUGUUAGAGUGAUUAAUGAUAUUUCCAGCACCAAAUAUGGAAUACGCUAUAAAAGAACUAUUGUCAUUGGAUUCAGGCCACGGCGAACAAGCAGAAGGACUAAACGAAAUGUCGCCAUGGAGACAGAGGUGGAGCUCCAGGAAGAGUUUGACUCUGUUUCCACUUCCUCCUCGACCUCAGACUCCUCCUCUCAUUUCCUGCGGUCCAGUGACGUCAUUGAAACACUGAAGACGGCUGCUGCUAAUACAAGUUUAGGCUUCACUAUGGAUGUAGAAUCCAUUGACAUCAAAAAAGGUAACACGUCUGUGUACACACACAUACACGCACACACACAAAAAAAUGUUUGCUUUCUAAAGCAGAUUAUUUGUGAUUCAGGCUCUUUUGUGAACCUUGAAUCAUAACACAUUGGUGGUCGAUGAAUAUUAAGCCUGUGCAAGCUCAUCACAAAAGUUUUUUGAAUGGUAUCAAAAUGAAAUGUAAAUGUUAAAUUAGGCUCGCCCAAUUCAUUGCUAGCAGCAGAU